CAGCAGUGAGCCACCGCGCCCGGCUCCCGAAGCCGGUUUUCUGUUCUCUUGCAGUUGGGCCGGGGCUGAGCCCUCGUGGGGGCAGGGGUUGCAGACCAGUGGACGCAGGGCUCACGCCGCAUACACGUGGCCCCCGCCGGAUGACUCACGAGCCAGCGCCUGCGCGGCGGGGUGGCCACGGACGCGGGGGACAGGUUCAGGGCCAGGGGCCGGGCCUCUUGGGGAUUGGCAGGGCGCCCGCCGCCGUCCCGUGAGCCUGGGGCCAGUUCCUGGGCGGUGGCCUUCAGCGUCGCGCUCCAGCCUGGGGAGGCGAGGACGCCACCCAGCAGCGCCGGAGCACCCGCGCGUCCCCAGGCUGGGCCCGCCGCGCUCGGAGCCCCUCCGCGGCCGCUUUAAGGCGCCGGGCACGCUUGCAUCUCUGGGGGCGUGGCCUAGAGGUCCCGCCCCCGGGGUGCGCGCGCGCAUUGGCUGUGCGGGGUGCGGGUGCGCGGGCGGCGCUUUGAACCGCGCGCGGGGCGCUGCGGGUCAGUCCACGCCGGGGUCGGGCCGGGGUCGGGCUGGGGUUGGGCUCUUCUGGGACAUGGCGGCCGAGGCGCGCGUGUCGCGCUGGUACUUCGGGGGGCUGGCCUCCUGCGGGGCCGCCUGCUGCACGCACCCGCUGGACCUGCUCAAGGUGCAUCUGCAGACGCAGCAGGAGGUGAAGCUGCGCAUGACGGGCAUGGCGCUGCGGGUGGUGCGCACCGACGGCAUCCUGGCGCUCUACAGCGGCCUGAGCGCCUCGCUGUGCAGACAGAUGACCUACUCCCUGACUCGGUUCGCCAUCUACGAGACUGUGCGGGACCGCGUGGCCAAGGGCAGCCAGGGGCCCCUCCCCUUCCACCAGAAGGUGUUGCUGGGCUCCAUCAGUGGUUUAGCUGGAGGCUUCGUGGGGACGCCCGCGGACUUGGUCAACGUCAGGAUGCAGAAUGACGUAAAGCUGCCCCAGGGUCAGCGGCGCAACUACACCCACGCGCUGGACGGCCUAUACCGCGUGGCUCGUGAAGAGGGUUUGAGGAGACUGUUCUCAGGUGCGACCAUGGCAUCCAGCCGCGGGGCCUUAGUCACCGUGGGCCAGCUGUCCUGCUACGACCAGGCCAAGCAGCUGGUCCUUAGCACCGGGUACCUGUCUGACAACAUCUUUACUCACUUUGUUGCCAGCUUUAUUGCGGGUGGAUGUGCCACGUUCCUGUGUCAGCCCCUGGAUGUGCUGAAGACCCGUCUAAUGAACUCCAAGGGGGAGUAUCAGGGCGUUUUCCACUGCGCCGUGGAGACAGCGAAGCUCGGGCCUCUGGCCUUUUACAAGGGCCUCGUCCCAGCUGGCAUUCGCCUCAUCCCCCACACCGUGCUCACUUUUGUGUUUCUGGAACAGCUACGCAAAAACUUUGGCAUCAAAGUGCCAUCCUGACCGGCCGUGGGAAUGGCUGGGCCGCCAGGCCAGCUGCGCUAAGUUCUUCCAAAGAGUCCCAAGCCCAGCACCUGCUUCUGGGGCCGCAACCUCGCCGGCCAUGGCCACCCAUCCUCCCCAGCAGGCCCCUGCUGUCCCCCACCUGCUGGCUGAGCUCCUCCUGGCCUCCUUCCCUCUCAGCUGUAGCUGCACCCCCACCCCUGCUCUGGCUCCCAGGCUUUCCUGGCUGGGCGCUGCGUGGCCUUGCCUCUCCCGCUGGCAGCUCCUCAGGGGAACGGGCUACCAGAGGCUGAUUUCUCCCCUCUCCUGGGCCAGGGGAGAGUAUUAUCCCUGCCUUCUGCCUCUGAGGCCCAAAGCAGCAUCUUCCAGCACUUUCCAUCGAGGACUCAGGUGGCAGAGUGUGGGUGCGCCCUGGCUGUUGCUCACCCAAGUGCUAGCUGUGCACUUUGUAUCCGCUGAGAGCGACCAGACCUUCCAUGUUCUCGGGCAGCCGCAACUCUCCCCAAGACCCUGUGGCUGGGUGGGAGGAACAAACAACGCAGACCACAAGCAAGUGCCUGGGAGGGAGGGGCCCAGAGAGGUUCUGGAGCCAUCACGGGUGAGGGUGAAGGGCCACCGAGGUCCCGCGCGCCCCCAUCCACUCCACAGUGGCUUUAACAGUUUUGCCAAAGCCUCUCCACUCACCAGCAGGCGGUCUCGUCUUCAGGAAUUGUGCAGGUGUCCCUCGGGUCCCUGGGCCCUCCCGCUUGGCUCCCUGGGGGAAUGGCCCAGUCGGGCUGCAGUUCCUCCUCAGGGUCUUCUCCCGACAAGGAGUCCCCUGGGGUGGCUGCUGCAUUCUCUGCUUCCCUGGUCGCUGGGCUUCGCCCCACCUGGGAAGGGCAGUGUGCUCUGUGGGGGGCUGCAGUCAAUAAAUGCCGGGAGCUGCC